AUGUCGGAUCAAAAUCCAACACCUUUGCGCGUCUACAGGAUCAAGGAUAUCCCGUCCACUGGACUCUACCGCCUUGGUGCACCCUGGCUUUGGAACCAGAAUCUAAAGUUGCCAUACGUCGCUCCGUAUCUGUGGAAGCUACCCGCUGGCUUCAACCCGCCCGAAUUCGUGCAUCACAGCCUUUUGCACAAGCUUGGGGAGUGCAUCCAUUUCUUCCUGGUCGAAAAUUUCAGCAAUCACUUGGCGGGGUGCAAGAAGUGCAGUCACGAUCACAUCAGGGAAUGCAUCCGCGUGCAGCAGGUGAACACCUCCCUCUACCUGGCCGAGGGCAGCAGCAUGGAAAACUUUCCCAAGAGCUUCACCACGCAGUACGAAGAGAAGGCAAUCAAGGAUCCCAAAAACAAUAAGAUCAUUCGCUACGAAUCCAAGAACAUUACUGACUUUGUUAGAUUGUUUCAGAAGAAGAACAACACCUCGUUCUUCGACCUCCCCGAAACCCUCAAAUUCCUCGAAUUUCAAGGGAAACGGCUGCGUUUGGAUGCCGAGUAUAAGUUGCAGGCGCGCGGCAUGAAGCAGAAGAUCGAGGCCCUCGGUGGAAUCGAUGCCAUCUACGAUACGGUUAUGCAGAGCAAGAUGACACUCUGCAUUAUCAUCACCACCUCCGCCGUCGACCAGAAAAUGCAGCCUCGGAUCCAGAAGGAGGUAGACGCCGCGUCAGCCAACCUCGUGAGGACGGUACCAAUGAUGAAAUCCACGAAAAGUGCCGCCCUCCCAGUGAAGAGGGCAGCCAGCGAAGGCGCGGCUAGCUCUGUCGAGAAGAAGCAGCGCAAGGAGUAA